CGUAUCGCCACGUCUCUGCGCAUGUGCGUCCGAGUCACUUCCGGGCUGGGUGCUGUUGUGUUGAGAGAUCAACAUCAGGCAGCUGCUAUUUUUACUGACAUUUACUGUCUGCCUGUCCUGGAAAUUCUCCUUUCUUUAACAGACGUUGAAUCUGUCUCAACAUCGACGUUUAAAAUACUAGCUAAAGCGGACACAUAGCAGGAUGAAUUACAUCUGGGAAGUAGUGGGAAGGCAUCCUACAGGCCAACAGCCGACUGGAGCAGAAACUAUCCAAAAAUUGUGUGACCGAGUGGCUUCAUCCACCCUGUUGGAGGACCGAAGAGAUGCUGUCCGUGCCCUCAAAUCUCUUUCCAAGAAAUACCGUAUGGAGGUUGGCACAAUGGCUAUGGACCAUUUGGUUCGUAUACUGCAGACUGACCGGGCAGACACUGAAAUCCUAGGUUACGCUUUGGACACUUUGUACAACAUUGUUUGCAGUGACGAAGAGGAGGAACCAGAUGAUUCUGAAGAGGAGAAUCAGCAAAAGCAGGAGGAGGAUUUGGGAGUUCAGUUCACUGACAAGUUCAUCCAGGAACCAGAUAAUAUCACACUUCUCCUCACACUGUUGGAGGAGUUUGACUUCCAUGUCCGCUGGCCAGGUGUUAAGCUCCUAACUGCACUUUUGAAAAGCCAGUGUGCUCCGGUCCAAGGCAUCAUCCUGGUCAGCCCAAUGGGAGUGUCCAGGUUAAUGGAUCUACUUGCUGACUCCAGAGAAGUUAUCCGUAAUGAUGGUCUCCUGCUGCUGCAGCAGUUAACCAAAGGCAACACUGCAAUACAGAAAAUUGUGGCUUUUGAAAAUGCAUUUGAGAGACUUCUUGAAAUUAUCACAGAGGAGGGUUCAAGUGACGGAGGUAUUGUGGUGGAGGACUGUCUCUUAUUGUUGCUCAACCUCCUGAAGAACAAUAGCUCCAACCAGAAUUUUUUUAAAGAAGGCUCCUAUAUCCAAAAGAUGAAGCCGUGGUUUGAAGUGGGGGAUGACAACUCUGGCUGGUCGGCACAGAAGGUCACCAACCUCCAUCUAAUGCUACAGCUGGUACGAGUGAUGGUUUCUCCAGUGAACUCUCCAGGGGCCACAACCAGCUGUCAGAAAGCCAUGUUCCAGUGUGGUCUCCUCCAGCAGCUCUGCACCAUCCUCAUGGCCACAGGUGUUCCUGCAGACAUCCUCACGGAGACCAUCAAUACUGUGUCAGAAGUCAUACGUGGCUCUGAAGUGAAUCAGGACUACUUUGCAUCAGUUAACGCACCAUCCAAUCCACCAAGGCCUGCGAUUGUGGUUCUUCUAAUGUCGAUGGUGAACGAGAGACAGCCGUUUGUUCUCCGCUGUGCUGUACUUUACUGCUUCCAAUGCUUCCUGUACAAGAACCAUAAAGGACAGGGGGAGAUUGUAGCCACACUGCUGCCCUCCACUAUAGAUGCUAACUCUAUCUCAGCGGGACAGUUAUUGUGUGGAGGUCUGUUCUCAGCAGACUCUCUGUCAAACUGGUGUGCCGCUGUGGCUCUAGCUCAUGCACUGCAGGAUAACCUCACCCAGAAAGAACAGCUGCUACGGGUACAAUUGGCCACCAGUCUCGGCAAGCCACCCGUUUCCCUUCUCCAGCAGUGCACCAACAUCCUGUCCCAGGGUGAUAAGCUCGACCGGAGGGGCAGUAGGGUGCAGACGAAGGUCGGCCUCCUCAUGUUGCUCUGCACCUGGAUCAGCAACUGUCCAAUCGCUGUCAUGCACUUUCUGCACAAUCAAGACAAUGUUCCCUUUCUGACAGGUCAAAUCUCAGAAAACCUGGGUGAGGAUGAGCGACUGGUUCAGGGUCUGUGUGCUCUGUUGUUGGGCAUUUGUAUCUACUAUAAUGACAACAGCUUAGAGAAUUACACAAAAGAAAAGCUGAAGCAGUUGAUUGAGAAGCGCAUAGGAAAAGAAAACUUUGUGGAGAAGCUGGGCUUUAUAACCAAACACGAACUGUAUUCUCGUGCUGCUCAGAAACCUCAGCCAGCCUUUUCCACCCCAGAACACAUGCUGUUUGAUCAUGAGUUCACCAAACUUGUUAAAGAGUUGGAAGGUAUGAUAACAAAAGCAGUGCUUAGGUCAAGCGAGGAAGAGAAAAAGGAAGAAGAGGUGAAGAAAACACUAGAACAACAUGACAGCAUUGUAACCCAGUACAAAGAGUUGAUUAGAGAACAGGAUUCUCAAAUAAAUGAGCUGAAGGAGCAAGUAACAUUGCAGAGUUCCCAGAAUGAAAAGUUGCAGAACACCAUAACACAGCAGUUCUCGCAGAUCCAGCAGCACAAGGAUCAGUAUAACAUCCUCAAACUCAAACUAGGUAAAGAUAAUCAGCAGACAGGUAAUCAGGCAGAGGCAGCACAUGUGAACGGCCUGCAACCAGAGGAGCUGAGCCAACUCCGAGAACAACUUGAGGAACUGCAAAGACAAAACCAGCUGCUGCAGACGCAGCUGACUGAAAAGGACUCUCUAAUAACCAGCCUGAAAGCUGAGGGAGUACCAUCAGCAGAGGGUUCAACUUCAGAGCUCACAGAAUUACAAAAGGAGGUGGAGUUGCUGAAAGCACAGCUGCAGAGCCAGACCGCAGAGAUCACACAACUACAGAGUGAAAGACAGGAGCUACUCAGAGGAUCUGAGACCACAGCUGCAGUUCCAGGAGAAGACGGUGUCUACACAGAGAAGAUUGCAGAUUUAGAGAGCAGGCUUUCUGCUCAGACAGCUGAGACACAAAAGCUCAAGGGGGAAGUUAAAACUCUUCUGGAGAGUAAGGAAUUGAUGGAGAAAGAACUUGCUUCAGCCACGAGCACAGAUGCCAUCAUGCAGGCAGAGAAGAGCAAGUUGCAGCAGGAGGUGCAGGAGUCCAAGAAGGAGCAGGACGAUCUUCUCAUGCUACUCGCUGACCAGGACCAGAAGAUUCUGAGCCUGAAACAGAGACUCAAGGACUUGGGAGAGACGAUUGAAGAUGAGGAUGAUUUGGAUUCAAGGGACCAGUUUGAUGAUGAUGAUGAUGAUGAAGAAGAAGUGGAGGAAGAAGAGUGUGAUGAAUAAAAAAAGUAUUGAUUUAAUAGUGGUAGUGAAAGACUGCUAUUAACCCGUCACUUACACGCUUAGAGAAAGAGAUUGUAAGCCUUGGACCGUAGAGCUAAUCUUCUGAUUUUUAGAAGAAUCACCUGUUUCUUUACUUUCUUCAUAACUGCAUUUUAAUUUUUUGAAUUUAUUUUGCAGUGGACAAAGCAAUCCAACUAAUUGAACCAGACCCAUUUCAUUUUAAAGAAGCUUUGAAUUUAUUCAGAUAAUAAAUACAGAUGGAUACUUUCUUUUUGAUCAACAUUCCCAGUGCUUAUGUCCUGGUAACGUACUGUAGAGGAUUCUGGAGAGCUAUUUGACCUAAUGAUGGAAAGGAGAAAAUAAAGAAAAGAUUUGCGUCUUUGUUAUACAUAGUGCAAAGCCACAGAGAAAGUUCAGUCUGCAUUUCUUUACAGUUUGACAACUUGUAAGUGUCUUGAUGAUGGAUGGAUGUAUUCUGUAAGACCUGCCUUCUCUGCUCAGGUGCAUAGUGAACUCUGUUUAACAUCUCAUUCAAAUUUUGUCCUUUUCCUGUUUUGCCUUAGAUUGCUGCCAGGUCAAAUGGCUGUUGUUGUUGUUUUUUCUUUCAUCUGUUCCUCCAUGUCUGCAGUUUUCAGAAUUGUUCAUCCAUACAUUCAUAUCUACAAAUGAUCAAACAGACUCUUGCAUCUUGCAAAACCCACUUUGCAUUACAUUGUGUUAAUACUAUCCAUGUGCUCUUCAGUAUAACACUUCUGAAGUCCCACUAAAUGUUGGGAUGCUACACUUUCAGGUUCCUAAAAAACUGGAGAGGUAUUUUGCAAAAUUUGAUUCAAGCUUUGGUUAAUUUAUGGAUAAACAAGCCUCCUUAGAAUAAACUAUAUAAAUGCUUGUCUGUGAUGUUUUGGUUUUAAACUAAAGUUUUUAAUUUGUGUUCUUGAUAGGUGUUUUGUUCAAUAUACAGCUGUAUUUGAGGAUUGACUGAGAACUUUUCCACUGCUAAUACCCACAAAUAUAAUUUUGCCAUAAACUGCAUUCAUGGUCAUGUUUGAUAAUGAAUUAUACAACAAUUAUUUAGAAAUUGUAAAGGAAGGCAUAUAAUGAAGUUCAUAUAGCAUGUUUUGCAGCUAUACUACUACUAUAUAAUUAAAUGUUUGCUAUUUGUACGCUACAAUUUGUUCUUCUGGUCAAGGUAGCAUUAAAAUAAAAAGUCCAA